AUGUCUUUUCCGCGUUCUUCGUCUUCGUCUUCCACCAACACCGCAUUCCUUCCUGUUCACGUUCUCAGCCACGAUCGCGAUAGCGGCAUCUCCACCGAAGCCGAAUCAGACAUUGCUGCAGCUCCUGAUCAGCUACGUCCUAUUGCAACGCGUCCAGCAUACCCGUUUAGUGACGACGAUGAAGCAGCACCUCGACCCUCUAUGCGCUCUUUUGAACAAUCCAUGUAUCUCGACGUAUCUUCCAACAAUUCCACCACCGGUGCUGGUGACACAAAAGCCGGCAGCAGCAGUAGCAGUAGCAGCAACGGAUCAUCCCCGUUAUUUAGCUCAAAGAGUUAUCACAAUUACCAAGCUGAACAGGCCAUGCUUGCCAUCAAACAACUGACAAAGGAGGAGACAUGGAAAAAGACACUCAAGCAUAAGAGUGGUGUCAUGGUGUACAUGCAUCAAUCGACAAAGAACAACAACAGCAACAACAGCAAAAUGUUGGAUACCAAAGCACCCAUUUUCAAAGGAGAAACGGUGAUUCAUGGAUUCUCACCUCAAGCAGUAUUUUAUGUGAUCGGCAUGCGGAAGUUAUGGGAUACUCAAUUUGAUGAAGGUCGCCUUGUGGAAAAUCUGAAUGAAACCACUUCCAUCACCUAUGAAGCCUAUCGUCCUAGUGCAGCAUCAAAAGCGUACGAUGUUGCCUUGGUUGAAAGGAUCGAAUGUUCAGCUGAUGGUGUCAUUAUGUUUGCAUGUACAAGUAUUGAGACUCCCAAACUUCCAAAGGUGCCAGGACGUAAUCGACGACAAAUGAAGUUGCAAGGAUGGGUUCUCAAGCCACUUCACACAUCACCGCCAUCUACCAAGGUCACUUUUUAUACCCAAGAAAGCGUGAAGGGAUGGAUUGCAGGCUUGACCAAGAAAUCGUUAGCACGGCGACCCCUCAUCAUUGCCGAAGUUGAACAAUACCUCAUGCAAAAGGCUGGUAGAAAACCAAUGAGUGCCACAGCGUCAUCAUUACCUGAGGGUCAACGUAGGCCAUCCAUCAUGACACCACCCGUACAACAACAGCAACAUCCAUCAUCAUCAUCAUCAUCAUCACCCUCAAGGUCACAAAAGAAACCCGUAUCGAUUUUACAAUCAUCAUCAAGCCAUCAUCUUCAUCCCAACUCUGGUAUCUCAUCAAAUCGACCACCACGUUCUUCCUCGCUUCAAUCAAAUGAAUCACCAGCAACAUCACGUUCAUCUUCCAUGACGAGAAAAAUUCGAUUUGCAGACGAUGAGACAUCGCUUCGUAGCAGCCAUAAUGGAUCAUUGACCACAACAACAACAACACCAGCAGCAUCCAAUGAAUCAUUGGUAUCCAACAAUGAACAACCUAGCAACAACAACAACAACCUCCUUCCGCACCCAUUGAUUCAACCCUCGAGUCGAUUAUACCCGCCAUCAAGGCAUCGCACUGCACGUAAGCAAUGUUUGGAUACAUUGAAACGAUUGGCAUCCAGUGAUCUCGACGAGUGGAAAGAAAUUGGGCAAAAGAACAGUGCAAAGCUUUAUUCCAAAUCCGUUCAAGGGUCUGCAUUAUCCAUCCUACGUGGUGAUGUCGUUGUCAAUGGUACUUGGACACCAGAACAAGUAUGCUCAGUGAUCCAAAGCUUUGGUGCUCGAAAGAUCUGGGAUGAACAUUUUGAAAUGGGACAAGUAGUUGAACGCUUUUCACAAAAAGAGUACUUGGUGUAUACGCAAAUGCGUAGCAUGUUCCCUAUCCACAGCCGUGAUUUCUCGCUCUUGAAUGCGAUUGACAGUGAUCCAGCAACGGGUUCGAUCUAUGUUGCCAGUGCCAGUGUAUCCGACAAUAUGAUCCCUGAGGCAAAGACGCAUGUACGAGGACGUAUCUUUGUCUAUGGCUGGGCAUUACACCCCAUUCGACGUGGUAAAUCAAGCAUAGGUGUGCAAGUGACAUUUGUAUCGCACAUGGAAUUGGAAGGCACGGCACCCUUACCACCAGCCAUCGUUCGUCAGCUGACAAUGGAUGUACCUUCAUGUGUCGAUCGUGUACAAUGGUAUUUGAGACAACAUGGAUGUCCACCUUAUAUCCGACGUGUGGCAGGCAAAAUCACCCACGAGUCAUUUGAUUCCAAAGACAAGAGCUAUCGAAUCACUCUCAUUGCCAAGCACAAGCCAUCCCAUCACCAUCAACAAAAACAGCAAAAGGAUGCCAUCUCAUUAUGGUGCACUGAUAUCCGUACACAUACCAGCAUGUAUAGUUGUGGAUUCAACGUAACAACUCAACCAAGUCAAGGUGUACGUGUUGAGCUACGAGCGGAUGAUAUGGGUAUCAGAAUUUAUACCGAAGAUGAUACCAUGGAUGGUUGUGCCAUUGAAGCAGCCAUCAUUCCAAACCCACCAGGAUCAACUCCUCGCUACACAUGUAACGGUGUAUCUCUCAAAGAUGAGCCUGUGGAAGAAGAAGAGGACGAGGAUGAGGAAGAAGAGUUUAUGGAAACCCAUCAAUUAUUACCACCCUCACCACCUACCUCUACCACCCCAUCAGUGCACUUUGAAGACUCGCCUGCCAUCGCACCCAAGGAUAAAGAACAUAGCUAUAAACGACGUCCUGAGCCUGUCAAGACCAAUUGGGAUGAUCCACCACCAUGGUUUCAAGAUGCAAACGGGCGUUUGGCUACGCCUAGUACGCCAGCUAGUGCACGAGAGUUUAUCCGAAGGAGGAACAGCAGUGUCCUUGUCAUUAGCGAUGAGCUGUCAUUUACGGGUCCACAGCUCUCUAUCAUCUUGCUACUGAUGGCCGUUUGCUAUUACAUGGGCAAGUUAUCUUGUCGAUGCUGA